AUCGCCCUGCCCAUCUGUUCAGCUCCGGUGAGACUGAUUGAAACAGAUUGAAGCGCACCCCGGCUCCGCGGCGUCCACACUGUCCCCACGGCACGACACCACACGACACGACGACGGCGGCGGCGGCAGCAAGUUUUCGUCGCGCUUGGGAUGUUACGGAGACGCCAUGAGUCGCCGAGGAAACUACUCUCUGGUGUGAGCGACCCGCGUGGCGCGCGUUCUGCAGUCCGACAAUGUCCCGGGGAUGUACAGCUUCUGUGGAGGAGAUCCAGUCGUGGUGGGAAGUCCCCGCCAUAGCGCACUUCUGCUCGCUGUUCCGGGCGGCGUUCAACCUCCCCGACUUCGAAAUAGAGGAGUUGGAGAAAGCCCUGUCAGAGCAGGACUUUGACUUCCUGGGGGACCUCAUUGCCUGUCUGUUGCAGGGAUGCUACCAGCGCACUGACAUCACCCCCGAGGCGUUCAGCCGUUACCUGGACGACAUUAUCAGCUAUCGGUGGGAACUGGAAGAGGGGAAGCCCAACCCGCUGAGAGAGGGGCCCUUCGAGAAUCUCCCCCCUCGCACUCAGGUGGAACUGCUGCACCGGCUCUGUGACUACCGGCUGGAUGCCGCUGACGUCUUUGACCUGCUUAAGGGACUGGAUGCAGACAGCCUCAGGGUGGAACCUCUGGGGCAAGAUGGGAAUGGAGCCCUCUACUGGUAUUUUUAUGGCACUCGUAUGUACAAAGAAGAGCCAGUCAAGAGGAAAACGGAUAAAAUCAGUGAAGCCUCUGUUCUGGCGCUACCCGAGAAAAAGAAAAGGGGAAGACCACCAAAGAAGAUUAAGUUGGAGGACCCUAAUUUAAGUGACGUAGAGAGAGAAGUGCCAGAAGUCAAGACAGAAAAUGGACUGGAGGAUCCCCCUCCUAGCAAAGCAGGCCAUAAGCGAGGCGCUUGGUCCCUUGUCUGCGACACGGAGGAACAGUGGGUCAGUCUGGCGGAAAGCAUGAAGGACAAAACCUCCCCACAGGACCGCCACCUCCACCGUGUCAUCAGCCAGAACUUUCUGCCCGAGAUCAGCAGCAUGAUCGAGCACAAGGAGCGGGAGCAGAAACAGAAACUACUUGACCCCACCUCGGUUCGCACAUCACAGCGGUUCUCUGGAAAACACAUAAAGCAGGAUAAUGAGGACUGUCUGAAGGCUGUGGCAGAGGAGGAGAAGAAGAAAGAUGAAGAUCUGGACAGGCAGGUCCUGCUGGCCGAACAGCGACGAGAGGAGGAGAGGCUCCAGCAGGAAGAACGGCAGAGGGAGAAGAUGGAGAAGGUCAAAGCUGUGGAGGAAAGAGCAAAGAGGAGGAAGAUGCGAGAGGAACGGGCCUGGUUGCUGUCUCAAGGAAAAGACCUGCCACCUGAACUCCUGAAUCUGGAGCCUUCUUCCCCCGUCCACAGAACACGCAGGAGCAAAGAAUUCUAUGAAAUUGAUGACGACUAUACUGCCCUGUACAAAGUGCUCGAAGCUCUAAAAUCCCAUAAAGAUGCUUGGCCUUUCCUGGAGCCCGUGGACGACUCCUAUGCCCCCAAUUACCAUGAGCUCAUCCAGACUCCCAUGGACCUGUCCACCAUUGAGAAGAAGCUCAACGAGGGGGACUACAUCACCAAGGAGGAGUUUAUUGCCGACGUGAAGCUCAUGUUUGAGAACUGCACGGAGUACAAUGGAGAAGACAGUGAGUACACCAUCAUGGCGGAGUCCCUUGAUCGGUGUUUCAGUCGGGCCCUCAUAAAACAUUUUCCGUCAGAGGACGGCGACACAGACGAGGAGUUCCACGUCAGUCGAGAAGACAAGGAGCGCAAGGACAAAAAGCGCAACCGCGGCAGCAGAAGUUUGGGACCUGAAAGUUUGAUCAAGGCCACAGAGCUGGUCCAACGUAAGCGAACCUCCCAGGGGGGCAAGGGCUCCACACCCUCGGAGGAAGAGGACCACAGGGUGACACGACCACCACCCCCUCCUCACUGGGCCAACGGCCCCCCUCACCCCCACAGCCUGCCACCAAGCCAACAACGCAUCCAUGAAGGAGACAUGAGAGGCAUGUACCACCCAGGGCAACAGCUCCGUCAUCCACCUGGUCCUCCUGGUCUCCACGGUCCACACAUGUAUGCCCAAAGAAUGGCAAUGGAUCCCCGCUUCGCUUACCCUGCUCACAUCCGAAGGCAUGGAGACCCUAGCCUGAACCACGUGCCCCGCAACUUUAACAUGCAGCAUCGAAUGGUUGAAGGACACCACAUGGGUCCAAGGUAUCCUAUGGGCCCAGAUCCUAAUCAGCAGCCACCUCCUCACCACCAGCAGCAGCAACACCCUUAUGUGGGUCCGACUCACGGCCCGUCUCUGGGCCCACGUCCCAUGGCCCUACAGCCUGGACCUCCUCCUGAAGCCAGCAUGUACCCGUCGCACCACCAUCCCGAUGGCCACACCAUGCACCCCAUGGGCAACAGAUUCUCAGGACCAGACGGACCAACUCAGCACAACUACCCAGGCUUGAGGCCUCCCGGCAUGGGUCUAUCCAACAUGUGGACUGGUGUGAAUCACCAGGAGAUACCCAAUGGGAUGCGCAUCCAAGACCCCAACAUGGUGAACCAGCGGAACUUUGGUUACGGUGGAGUCCCACCUCCAAUGGGGCAUAAACCUUGGCCAGAAGCUGCAGGAUACCCCCACCCUCCUCCCAACGCCCAGUAUCAAAUGUCUGCAGGGGUCAGCUCACAGGGGCCCAUGUCCUCACGUCCCCCUGGUCCCCACCCAGACUCCUCUGGCAGGACACGCUUGGCUUCCAUGCUGGAAAGCCCAGAGAUGCUGGCCCUGCAGCAGCUGUCAGCCUCCUCCGGACCCCCCGCUGGUGCCCCUCAUCAGCACAUGGGCAACUUUCCGCAGCCCGGGCCCCCAUCAGGAAUUGGCAGCAUCCCAGCUCACCCCUCUCAGCAGCCUCCCCCUGCCCCUGAGGUUCAGCUGCUGCGUCCUGCUAAAGACAAUGGGCCAGACAGCCAACCCUCCCAACAGACAGACAUGCAGCCCAAAGGCACAACACCAGAGAACAAAAUGGCUGUCAACGACAUUUCUAAAGAAGCUUCUUUACACAAAAACACUUUUCCAAUUAAUCAGGAGCACCCGUCCAAUCCCAGUCCUGCAGGACACCACAGCGGGGCAGCAGAGGGAGCGCAGAGCUCAACACAGAGCCACAAGCAGGAGGUAGACCGCCCAAAACUAUCUGCCAGCCACCGUCCUCAACACAGUAAAGCCACUACUGUUUCGCCCCAUCUCACCACAAGUAACAACAGCUCCAGGGAUUCCACCCCACCUAUCCCCUCUCACCUUUUACACAGUAGUCCACAGCAAAGCCCUGCACUUCCUCCCCAGAACGUCCUGCCUCUGCACGUAUCAGCUUCUCAGAAUUCCACUCGGCCAUUGCCAGAGAACAACGUACCACACGUGCCGAAUGCACAUCAGCAAAGCGAGCACCAGCAGAUUCUCCAAAAACAACAGCAGCUGCAGCAACCUCAGAGUACCCCUCCUCAAUGCCCCCCUCCCCGCUCUCCCCAGUUGAUGACCCGGAAUGCACAGCAACAGCAAAAUCCACACCACGUCCAAAACAUCUCUCCACAACGUCCCGUGCAGAACAGCCCCAUGCACGGGAUGCCGCAGAGUGCCACGAAAGGAGCCCAGCCCGGACCCCCUCAGCCCGCUCCUCUUACGUCUUUACCACCCAGUCAUCCUUCCCCGUUACUACCCUCCCAGCCGAGCCCAGCAGACCACGGUAAUCAAAGACCCAGCGAGCCUACAGGCAAAGCGGAUGCAGAAAGUCCCACCGUCCCUCCGCAGCACACAGUGAUGAAAUCCGGGCCUUCGAGUGUUAUUUAUAAACAGCAGGAUUUUAGCCCCGAUCACCAUCGAGCCCAGCUGGUGGGUAGCAACACGGGUAUGCAGGCUCCGAGGGGGCCCUCGCCUGGUCACAAUCCAGCCAUGCCUCCUCACUCCCAGGGCCAUGUGAAUGGAGCCAUGGGUCCAUACGGGAUAGGGAACCCUCCACAUCCACACUACAGCCAGACCAUCAUGACCAGGUCCAUGCCUCCCUCUGCUCACCACCCUUACCACAACCAGUCCAUUAACCCCCUCCACAGUUCUGCUCAACACCCUACCUACCACCAGCAGGAAGGGACCGCCUACUCCUACCACAUGCCGGGCCAACAGCACCCUCAGGCCCACCCCAACAUGUACCCACCUCAUCAGUACCACCACCAGCAGCAGCAGCACUACUAUCCCCAGCAGCAUCCGCAAGCUCAGACCCAUAACCAAGCCAACAGCAGAGGGGGUUUUUCUCGAGAGGAGUGGCAUCGGUCUCCUUAUCAGCCUCGUCAGCCAAUGGCCCUUAACACCUACCUACCUGUAGCCAGCGCCAGAGGCAACGGUCAGUCAAAGACGGAGAGCAGUGUGUCGCCGCUGGGCUCCGAGGGCUCUAGUCGUGCUAGUUUGGUGUCCCCUGGCCCGAUGUCUGAAGCGGGGCCGCAGCCGGGAGGCGCUGAGUGUGAAAGCAGAGUUCAGACCAGCGGAGGCAGCAGCAGCGGUGGCAGUCCAGCACGCACCGAGAGCUCAGAGCGACCGGAUAGUCCAAAAGAAAUCCUGGACCUCGACAGCCACAACGCCGCCGCUCGCCACCGCAGCGCCCAGCCACCUCAUCAGCAACAUCCAGCUGCACACAUGGUGCCCGGCUUCAUGUACAACCCUCGCGCCAUGCACCCUGGGAUGCAUCAUGGUGGCGUUCCUCCACCGCAUGUCAUGUCUCAGGCCCGGGGCGUUGCGAACGGAAGCCCUUACCCUCGCCAGCUGUAUGCAGAUCCGGGGCGCUUUGCAGGCCAAAGACCUCACCCCCACCUGAUGGAGGCUCUGCAGCGGCCCCAGCAGCUGCCUUACUCCCCCGGUCAGACACGCAUGGCCAUGUACCAACACCCCCGGUCUGCAGGGCACUUCCAGGGCAUGAUGAUCCAGCAGAGGGUCCUGGCACCAGAACACUUCCUGCACCCGGGGCAACAGAUGAUGGCUGCUCCAGGUGGCCCCAGCAGUAAAUAGGUGGCUUGUGAUCAGAGCACGUUGCUUUGAAAGAGUGUCGGGACUAAACAGUCAGCCGAAAAGGAAGACGAUUACAUGCUGACAGAGACUACAGCUCCACAUACAUCUUUUAUUCGUAUACUGAACGAAAACCUUUUAGCUCCGUUUUGCCCAACAGUUGGACUUGGAGAUGAUCAAGAUGUGAAAUGUUAUUUAUCCCUGGAGAACGAACAGUUCCCCUGCUCUUCUUCACGCAGAGCCGACAGUGGCCAGGAACAGAACAGCUCUGUGGAACUGGUCGGGAUUCACACUUUCCAUCACGAGUUGUUGAACUCGGAUCCUCCAGGAAAAGAGCAGCCUUUUUAACCACUAGUUCAACCUGCCGAACACAGGGGAACGCCGCCUUCAAGAAGCCCUUUCCUCUCUGAGGAGUCGGAACUGAACACAGCCGGCCCAUCCUGAUCACUGACUGUAGUGCUCGUCGGCCCGAGCUGUAAAUCGACGACACCGGGGAAAGAAAUUUUUUAAUUUUUCUUAAAAACUACUAUUUUCUGUUCCAACCAUGUCGUAAAUCUCAGGUGUAGAAAAGGAGGUACUAUGAGACUGUCACCCUGACCCCAGUCAACUCACAGGCUCCCUGGACCAACUGCCUUGGUUUCCCCUUUUUGUGAAUGUAUGAGUGUGAAUGUGUGAAAGUGCAAAGGGCACGAACACCGAUCAUCUGUCUGAAGCGUUAAACCGUCCCGACAAGGGGCCAGCUACUGUCCCACUUCCAUCCCCCCAACUCGAACAGUGUGUCUCUCCACUUGUGGAGUAAACACGGUAUAUGCGUCUUUCAGAGCGGCCUUCGUCGAUGAGAAUGCCUUUGACUAUAGCAGAGAGGGACCGACGAGGACGGAGUUUAUUUUAAUCUGACCGUAUCUGACUCUGUUAUGCACUACACGGUUUUCAUUAGUCCGGACAUCCUGGAAUUGAGAGGCCUUGGAGAGUCUUUAUUUUUUAAGGCAAUGCCUGUUAACAUAUAUGUAUGGAAAUAUAUAUAAAUAUUGAUUAACCCUUCACUGUAGAGAUGAACCUCAUGUUCCAGAGACAAAUUUAAAAUUCUCACACAGUGACAUAUCCUACCAGCUGGUGUGUGCACAUAUACACUGACCCAUCAAAUCCUGCUGUUGUGUGUGUGUGUUGUUGUUGUUUUUUUAAGUGUGACAUUUUUUUGCAUUCCACCUACAGUCCUUUACAUGGUUCCGUCUUCGAGUGCGUCCUCGUCCCCCAAUCUCACGACUAUAGACAUAUCCUCAGGGUGUACAGUUUCUAAAUACGGGUAUUUUUUUCUGAAUUGUGAUUUGAACGAGGAGCCACGAGAGGAGAAAUGGGACCGCAACCGUGGCACAAAACCAGCCCACCUCAUGUUCAUGUGAAGAACUUUGCUUUUUAAGGGUCUGUGUUCCUCGUAACAAUAUUUGGCUCGGCCCAUUUUCAUUGAAGUUGAGUACAAGAGAGAUGGAUUAAAUUUUUUUUUCUACAUUCCUAUUAAUUUUAUGUAUCUUUUGUCAUCGCAACUAAUUUUGAGCGACUGCAUGUCAACUCUCAUAACUAGAGUUUUAUUUUCCCUGCGCCCUACACCCUUAUCAUAUCGACGCGGCACAUGUGAGACCUCACUCGUGCAGUUGAGCGAUGACAGCGAAUGAAUCUACCUCAUCUGGCCAGUCAGUGGCAUUUACAGAGCCCCCCCCCCCCUCUCCCUCCUCUUCCUCCCUCGCUCGCUCUGCCAGACUCCUGUGGGUCAACAUCGUACGACCAGCUGAACGAUUUUAGUUCCGCAUGUAGUUUUUUGGGGGUUUUUUUGGGGCUCACAGAACUGAUGAGGAAAUGGCCUUAAAAUACAUUUUUCCAUCUUCACAGAAAAAAUCGUAGCUUUCUGUGCCCAAAUAUUGCGCCGAAUGACCUCCAACAAGAUUGUAGGUCGUCAGUUUGCCAGGUGCAAUCCUGUGACAUCUAUCUUUUGAAUGGGUACUUUUCUACUCUGUUUUUGUUUUUUUUGCGUCAUCAUCAGAGUACAAUGGACAAUAUUACAUCAUGUGUUUGAAGUGAGACUUUGUUGUACAGAUUGCAUGCCUUCCUGCCGACUAUUCGAAACUAGACGAACGUACUAGGCCGUGUUCCAAUCUAGGGUCUGUUAUAGAGUUUUGGCAGCAUUUUAAUGGCCUUAGAAAUAGGUAAAUAAGGCAUUGUGAGGAAAUAUCGAGGAAUAUGAAAAUUGCUAGCAGCUGUGAGACAAUUUAUAAAUGUGUCACACAAGACUCGUCAUAGAUAACUUGCUAUUUUGUGAAAAUAGGGAAUUGUCUCGAUAUUUAGUGAGCCUGAUAGGGCCACGCCGGAGGUAGUCGCGCUGUCUGUUGUACGAAGGGCAGCGUUGUUUUGUGAGGUUGUGAUACUGUCUUAUGGUGUACAGGUGUGCGCGCGCGAGUGUGUUUCUGGUGUGUAGAAUCGGUGCCAGGCGAUUGGAAGUGUGCAUUCGACUCUUCAUUUACUCUGCUGUCAUCCCUCUGCACUAGUGAAAAACCAUUUAGACGACGUGAUUAAAUGUGAAUCAUAUUUAUUUGCUCUUUUAAGAAUUUUUGUAAAUUUUUUUGGACUUGUUUUAAUAUAAAUGUGGUGUCUGUUUCUUUUCUUUCUUUUUUUCCCUCCCCCCGCUUGAUGUUAUCUUUCAGCAGGUGUCUUUUACCUCAAUAGCGUGGUGGUAUCGGAAAUAAAUAAAAGACCUGUGCGUUUCAUAUUUUAAGUGACGUUUACAAGUUCUUAUCUGACUGACAUAGAUUAUUUUUGAAAUGGAACGAGUAUUUUCUAUUCUGUACAUUUCUUAGAAAUAAAUAACUUCUCCCCGAAAAA